UACGCACCACAGUCAAGAUACACAAAAAUUCUUUCAUGCAUUCAGUCUUAAAACGUCGCUCGCUGUUUGUAAAUCGUUUGUAAAGCCCAAGUAAAGAUCGGCGGCCGUUCAUACUAAACACACACACACACAACAAAACCAAAAAGAAGCAAAGAAAAAUCCAUAGAUUUUUUCUUUGAGUUUUCAUUCAAACAACUUGUUUCAAAUACCUAACCAGCAAAACACAUUUCCAUACACAUUCGAUAUUUUUGAUUUUUUUUUGUGUACGAAACGAAUGAAAACGGAAAAAAUUUUACGUCAACCAAUUUUGAAAUGAAAAUAAAGGGAAAUGUAACAAAACCUCAAGUAUCUAUUAGAAAUGAGAAUUUCCCUAAGUGAGAAAAUCCAAUGAAAACAAUACGCGCGUGCAAAAUUUUAUAGCCGAAACAAAAAAAAAAGUAAAAGAAAAUCUCGAAGUAAAAGAAAAAAACAAAUUCCAAAGGAAUUUCCUCAAGAAGCAAAAUCGCAGAGAAAAUAUUAAUUUUCCAAGAAAUUCAAAUUGAAGUUACAAAGAAAAGUGUUGUGAAAAUUGUUUUUCCUAAUGCCAACAAAAGAAACAACUGCCUUUAAAUUGCAAGAAAAAAAUAUAUAUUUCGAUUUUUAAGUUUUGUUAAGUUUUGUCCGCCCUCUUUUUUAUUAUUGCUAAAGUGUUAAAGUCGUAACAACGACAACAACAACAAAUAAUAACAACAAAAAAUCUCUGUGCAAAAGAGCGUUUUCCAAGCAAAUAAAUGGCACUUGACCUGCCUUAGAGUGGUGGCGCCCAACCGAAAACCCCCUCUUUACCAUUCAAACCGCCUCACUCAUGGUGUGAUGCCAAAACGGCAGCAACAAAAACGGAUUAAAAAUUAUUUGCCUGGCCAAAAAAAUCCAAUUCGGCACAAGGAAACUGUAAAAAGGAUAUUGCUCCGCUCUGUGGCCGUUUGGACCCCAAAGGCAUUUUUUCGUUAACAAAAAAAGAAAAGAAAAAUAAAAUAAAUUUUGAGCAUUUUAUUGCCAUUGCCGAGGGGGCAUUAAAUGGAGGAGAAGCCAAAUGGACAACAACAAAACAACCGCAUUUGAGAAAAAUGGUUUUUUAAAGUAGACACCGAAAAAAAAGGGACAAACAAAGGGAAAACCCUUAAUUUCCAGGGAACUACCAACAACAACAACAAAAAUAACAACAAAACGGAAUUCAUAAAACAAGGAAUUCCUAUAUAAGAAGAAUAUAAAAUUUUAAUAAAAUUACAAAAGAAAUGCAACAACAAACGUGAAAAAGUGAACCAAAAAAAAAACAAAAUUUCAAAACCAUAAAAAUUUCCCAAAAAUAAAAAUUUUCAAAAAAAAAAAAAUUAAAAGAAGCGAAAAAACCCACAACGUUCCCCCUUUUUCGCUCUUCUCUCCUCCACUCAUCUCAACUAUCUUCUUUUUUCGGCCGGCCACUCUAUUAGCGGGUUCCACACCGCUAAUAACUCAAAACCAUCAAAAUUAAGUUCUCAAAGCAAAAUCAUCAUCAUCACCCGGCAUACCGUCACGCUGAGAACAUCUACGACGGUGGCACCGAUACCGACGACGACGAAUGUCCUCUAGAAUCGUCCACCAUGAAUCCCUAUGAAUAUGAGACCACCUUGGAUUGUCGCGAUGAUACCAGAGCGAUAGCCGGUGGUGGUGGUGGCGGAGGCAUCAGUGGGAGUGGUGGCGGCGACGGCGGUGGUUCCUUGCAUACCGGUUCCAUGACCCCACGUCAUCCCCAUAUGUCGUCAACACAAUCUGCCGCAACAUCACAACAAAAUACACUGCAUCAUCAGAAUCAACAGAAUUUCCAAUUGCAACAACAACAACAGCAGCAGCAACAACAACAAACCGAUUCACAAUCAUCCUAUUAUGAUUAUGAAUAUCAACAUUUGCCCCAUCGGGCAAACGAAACGCAACCUCCAUCGUCGACAUCAACAGCAGCCCGCACACACGGUAGACAAGGCUUCCUUCUCGAAGGAGUUACGCCUACGGCACCACCAGAUGUACCACCUAGAAAUCCCACAAUGAGUCGCAUGAAUAAUGGUCGUUUAGUAGCAGCAAAUCCAAAUGAUUUGGGUGUCGAUUUUGAGCCCUCAUGUCUGGUGCGUACACCCUCGGGCAACGUAUACAUUCCCAGCGGUAAUUUAAACAUGAACAAAGGUUCACCCAUCGAUUAUAAAAGCGGUUCGACUUGUUCGACACCCACCAAGGACACCUUGAAAGGUUAUGAACGUUCGGCCAACAAUUGCCUGGGUCCAGUGCUUCCGCCACGCAGUGUCAUGAGUGGCAUACCCUCACAUCACUAUUCGGCACCCAUGAAUUUCCGCAAAGAUUUGGCCGCCAGAUGUUCGGCCAAAUGCAUAGCCAUUGUAUCGGUAUCUGUGUUUGUGGCCAUGUGUGUGCUGUUAAUAUUUUUAACAGGUUUUGGUGUACUCCACUGGUCUCCCUCUGCCCCCUGUACAGUUCUAGUCGGCAACGAGGCCAGCGAAGUAACAGCGGCCAAAAGCACCAAUACAGAUCUAUCGAAAUUACACAACUCCCUGUUACGCUCAAAAACCGGACAACCCACCACAACGGCCACCUCUUCGCUGCCCUCAUCGUUUGCAUCGUCCUCGUCGGCGGCGGCAGCCUCCUCCUCGGCCUUCCAGUCAACGUCCGCCUCAUCGGUAGCCAUAGGAUCACAGGCAGCCACAUCGCUAUCCUCGCCAUCAUCGUCGUCUACAUCGCUGUCAUCACCAUUGGCAAAUGCCAAUAAUGGAGAUUCAAAUCAGUGGAUAAUAGACCACCAAAAUGAUGAAGAAAAUUCCAAAUUUAACGAAAAAGAGGAAAAUUAUAUCUAUGCUGUGGAAAAUGGUAACCACCAGUCGCCGAACAAAAGCGUACCGGUAACAAAGCCACAUAAAAGGCAACGUCGAAGUUUGGUGGCACAAAGUUUCGAACAAUUAAUUAUGGCAUCAUCAGGCAACAUUGGGCGCCACGACAACUCCGAUGAAGAGGAGUUUGAUGAGUACUAUGGCAAUACAAAUAUUCAAGAUGCAAAGAAGAUGUUGUAUGAAAGUACAACACAAAAUUAUGAUGACAAGACAGCAAGUCCUUUCGAUGAUGAAGUUGUUAAGAACGAUGAAGAUGAUCCCAUGUUAAUAUCGAAAAGUAAUUAUGGCAAUAAGUUUGAUUCAACUUUGUCUACACAAAGCCUGGACGUUGACAUCGAAGUGACAAGCUUGCCUUCGAUAAAUGAUAAAAGUUUGAACAGUAAUAACAUAUUACAACUUAAUCAAAAUAAAACUCUUGAUAAUCAGGGAAAGGAAGAGGAAAAGGAAAUUGAAAAAAUAAACCCAAAACAUGAACAAAUAUUUUCUAAUCUCCACAAUAAAGAAGAGGAUUUAGUAAUACCCCUACUUGAUGAGGAUCCCAUGGAUUCGACAACUUCCAAACCUUUUACAAUUUUUGAAAAUUACAAUUAUGACGAAGAAGAAGAAGAGGAGUUGCUGAAAAUGAAUGGCCUAACACAGGGUGACACCAACAAACAAUUGAUUUCCCCCAAGGAUAUCGUCGACAUAAAUCAAAAUAUCGAUAACAUAAUUGAUGGGUCCAUAAUAAGAGAUGAACAAGUGAAUAAUAAUGAUGAGAGUAAAUCUACUUCGGCGUCGUCUCAAAACGAUGACACUUAUAAUCUUGUCAACAAUACGAAAAAUGAUAAAGAUGGUAAUAAUUUUCAUAUCAAUCGCCACCACCACCAUCAAAUCAUCAAUGCUGGGGAAGACAACGAUGACGACAAUGGUGAUGAUGAUGAUGCCAAGCCGGCGGAUAAUGGUGAUUCAAUGACAUUUAAUAGCCAUCAUUUAUUUGACAGCAAUGAUGACAUUUAUUUAGGAACAUCAACAACAACAAAGGAAGAUUUGCUGGACACACAAGUGUUAGAAAAAGAUGAAGUUAUUGAUGGCUUAACAAAAGAUGCUGCCAAGUUUAGUGGCGAGUCAUGGGACAAUCUAAUGCUCAAUGAUGGCCUGAUACCCUUAAGUCCACAUCACGAUGUAAAAUAUGCCCAAGAACUGGAUGAUAUUGAUAUUGUUAAAUUGGAGCAAACCCAUUCCUCGGAGGAUGAGCUAUAUAAGACUGUUGAUAAUAGAUCUUUGGAAGUUGCCCAAAAACCGAAAAAAGUGAAGCCACCCAUUUACAGUAAACAUUGGAAUGAAGUUAUAAAUCGCCAAGAGGAAUGGAUGGCCCAAAGGGGUUUGUUAAAGCAGCUAGUCGAACAACCCAUAACUUCGGCACCACCACCACCACCAAAACUGGAAACCUUGAAACCAUUUAAAACAGAAAUAUUACCUCAUCCGGCCACGGAUAAACGUAUUGUGGUAAAUUUAACCAUUGGCACCAAUGAUGGUUCGGGGAAUAUGUACACCCUGCAUGUGGAUAUUCCGGCAUUCCAGGAAAAUGGUCAGAUACAGCAUGUACAACAAGUUCUGACACAUGAACAAUUGCCCCAAGAGGCACCAGCUGCUCUCAUGGCGCCCAAUGUCGUAGAAGCCAAAUUGAAUUCCGAAAAGAAAAUCAAAGAUAAUUUAGAAAAUGCCACAAACAAAGAAAAAAUUAUAGAACCUCUAAAGAAACCCAAAGAACUGGAAGAAAAUGGGAGGAACUUUGAAAACAGUCCAUAUUGUAUACCAGAACCACCGCCUCCGAUACCCGAAUGUCCAUGUGCCUGUGGUUUGUUUGCGGAGACAACAACCGAUUCAUUGGCUUCUUCAUCUCCAAGCGGUGAAUUCUCUUUUGCCACAGCUGAUUUUUCGUCCGAGACAGCUGAUCAAACCCCCAAUGACAAUAAUGACUUUGACAAUGACAUUUUCAAUGAAGUCGGACUGGAUACAAAACAUUUGCCCAAGACAUUUGCUGCUACCACAUUAUCCACAAUAAAUUCUGCUACCAAUGAUAAUUUAAAUGUUAGUGAUUUUGAUGUAAUGACUAGCACAAAUAUGCCAGAGCUGGAUGUUGGCACUACUAAAACAAAUAAUAAUAAUAACGAUGAUGAUGAUGUGGUGUCUGUUGCCUCAACUAAUCUAACGAAUGGUGAAAAGUUUGCAUGUCCUGAUGUUAUGCCUAUACUUAUACUUGAAGGUGCUCGCACAUUCCCAGCUCGCAGUUUCCCACCAGAUGGCACCACAUUCGGUCAAAUUACAUUGGGUCAAAAGUUGACCAAGGAAAUUCAACCCUAUAGCUAUUGGAAUAUGCAAUUCUAUCAAUCGGAACCGGCUUAUGUUAAAUUUGAUUAUACCAUACCACGAGGAGCCUCAAUAGGUGUCUAUGGACGUCGCAAUGCCCUGCCAACACAUACCCAAUAUCAUUUCAAGGAGGUACUGAGUGGCUUCAGUGCCAGUACCCGGUCCACCAGGGCGGCACAUCAAUCGAUAACACGUGAAGUAACCCGUUACAUGGAACCCGGUCAUUGGUUUGUCUCAUUGUACAACGACGAUGGAGAUGUCCAAGAAAUCACCUUCUAUGCCACAAUUGCCGAGGAUAUGACACAAAACUGCCCCAAUGGCUGUUCGGGUAAUGGCCAGUGUUUGCUGGGCCAUUGCCAGUGUAAUCCCGGUUUUGGCGGUGAUGAUUGUAGCGAAAGUGUAUGCCCCGUAUUGUGUUCGCAGCAUGGUGAAUAUAUCAAUGGUGAAUGUAUUUGCAAUCCCGGCUGGAAGGGUAAAGAAUGUUCGCUGCGUCACGAUGAAUGCGAGGUGGCCGAUUGUAAUGGUCAUGGACAUUGUGUCAGUGGCAAAUGCCAGUGUAUGCGUGGCUAUAAAGGAAAAUUCUGUGAAGAAGUCGAUUGCCCUCAUCCCACAUGUUCGGGUCAUGGUUUCUGCGCCGAUGGUACGUGCAUAUGUAAAAAAGGCUGGAAGGGGCCGGAUUGUGCAACCAUGGAUCAGGAUGCCUUACAAUGUCUGCCCGACUGUUCGGGACACGGCAGCUUCGAUUUGGACUCGCAAUCGUGCACAUGUGAACCCAAAUGGAGCGGUGAUGAUUGUUCAAAGGAAUUAUGCGAUUUGGAUUGUGGUCAACAUGGUCGCUGUGUGGGUGAUGCUUGCACCUGUGACGAUGGCUGGGGUGGUGAAUAUUGCAAUACGAAAUUGUGUGAUUUACGUUGUAACGAACACGGCCAGUGUAAGAACGGUACCUGCCUUUGUGUGACCGGUUGGAAUGGUAAACACUGCACCAUAGAAGGUUGUCCCAACUCGUGUAGCGGUCAUGGUCAGUGUCGUGUCAGCGGCGAAGGUCAAUGGGAAUGCCGUUGUUAUGAAGGCUGGGAUGGUCCAGAUUGUGGCAUUGCCUUGGAAUUGAAUUGUGGUGAUAGCAAGGAUAAUGAUAAGGAUGGUUUGGUUGAUUGUGAAGAUCCUGAAUGCUGUGCCAGUCAUGUUUGUAAAACCUCGCAAUUGUGUGUCUCGGCACCCAAACCCAUUGACGUUUUGUUACGCAAACAACCACCCGCCAUUACGGCCUCCUUCUUUGAACGCAUGAAAUUCUUGAUUGACGAGAGUAGUCUGCAAAAUUAUGCCAAAUUAGAAACCUUCAAUGAAAGCCGUUCUGCUGUCAUACGCGGCCGUGUGGUCACCUCUCUGGGCAUGGGUUUGGUGGGCGUCCGAGUUUCCACCACAACCCUUUUGGAAGGUUUUACCCUAACCCGUGAAGAUGGUUGGUUUGAUCUAAUGGUAAAUGGUGGCGGUGCUGUUACCCUGCAAUUUGGCCGCUCACCCUUCCGUCCCCAAUCACGCAUUGUCCAGGUGCCUUGGAAUGAAGUCAUCAUCAUCGAUACCGUUGUCAUGUCCAUGUCGGAGGAGAAGAGUAUGCCUGCCACCACCCACACCUGUUUCUCGCAUGACUACGAUCUCAUGAAACCGGUUGUCUUGGCCUCCUGGAAGCAUGGCUUCCAAGGUGCCUGUCCCGAUCGAAGUGCCAUAUUAGCUGAAUCCCAAGUCAUCCAGGAGUCUCUACAGAUACCCGGUACUGGUCUCAAUCUAGUCUAUCAUUCAUCAAGGGCCGCCGGAUACUUAUCCACCAUCAAACUGCAAUUAACACCUGAGAGCAUCCCACCAACCCUGCAUCUCAUACAUUUACGUAUCACCAUUGAGGGUAUUCUAUUCGAUCGGGUAUUCGAAGCUGAUCCUGGCAUCAAAUUCACAUAUGCCUGGAAUCGUUUGAACAUCUAUCGCCAAAGGGUCUAUGGUGUGACCACAGCCGUGGUCAAGGUGGGCUAUCAGUACACUGAUUGCAAGGACAUCAUUUGGGAUAUUCAGACCACAAAGUUAUCGGGUCAUGACAUGUCCAUUUCCGAAGUUGGAGGCUGGAAUCUGGAUAUCCAUCAUCGUUAUAACUUCCAUGAAGGUAUUCUGCAGAAAGGCGAUGGUUCCAAUAUUUACUUGAAGAACAAACCCCGUGUCAUACUCACCACCAUGGGUGAUGGUCAUCAGAGGCCGUUGGAGUGCAUGGACUGUGAUGGUUUGGCUGCCCGACAACGGCUCUUGGCUCCUGUGGCCCUAGCUGCCUCGCCCGAUGGCAGCCUCUAUGUUGGAGAUUUCAAUUAUAUACGACGCAUCAUGACCGAUGGUACAGUGAGAACUGUGGUGAAAUUGAAUGCCACCCGUGUAAGCUAUCGUUACCACAUGGCCCUGAGUCCCCUGGAUGGCACUCUCUACAUAUCCGAUCCGGAGUCACAUCAAAUUAUACGCGUCAGAGACACAAAUGAUUAUUCGCAACCCGAAAAGAAUUGGGAGCCAAUUGUUGGCUCGGGAGAACGUUGCUUGCCCGGUGAUGAGGCCCAUUGUGGAGACGGGGCCUUGGCCAAGGAUGCCAAGUUGGCCUAUCCCAAAGGUAUUGCCAUAUCCAGUGAUAAUGUCCUGUACUUUGCUGAUGGCACCAAUAUACGCAUGGUCGAUCGUGAUGGCAUUGUGAGCACUCUGAUCGGCAAUCACAUGCACAAGUCCCACUGGAAGCCCAUACCCUGUGAGGGUACUUUGAAAUUGGAAGAAAUGCAUUUGCGCUGGCCCACCGAAUUGGCGGUUAGUCCCUUGGAUAAUACCCUACAUAUUAUUGAUGAUCACAUGAUCUUGCGCAUGACUCCCGAUGGUCGGGUGAGAGUGAUUUCCGGACGUCCCUUGCAUUGUGCCACCUCUUCGUUCCUCUACGAUUCCGAUUUGGCCACACAUGCCACCUUGGUAAUGCCCCAGUCCAUUGCUUUUGGCCCCCUGGGAGAACUCUAUGUGGCUGAAAGUGAUUCGCAGCGUAUCAAUCGGGUACGUGUCAUUGGGACCAAUGGACGUAUCACAGCAUUUGCUGGCGUUGAAUCAAAAUGUAAUUGCCUGGAACGUGGCUGUGAUUGUUUCGAAGCUGACCACUAUUUGGCCACCAGCGCCAAAUUUAAUACCAUUGCUGCUUUGGCUGUGACACCAGAUGGUCAUGUCCACAUUGCCGAUCAGGCCAAUUAUCGCAUACGAGCUGUCAUGUCUAGCAUUCCUGAGGCAAGUUCAUCGCGGGAAUACGAAAUCUAUGCUCCCGAUAUGCAGGAGAUCUACAUCUUCAAUCGUUUUGGCCAACAUGUCCUGACCAAGAAUAUUCUGACCGGCGAAACCACCUAUGUUUUUACCUACAAUGUGAACACCUCUAAUGGUAAAUUGAGCACCGUUACAGAUGCUGCCGGAAAUAAGGUCUUCUUGCUGCGUGACUACACCGCCCAGGUGAAUUCCAUUGAAAAUACCAAGGGUCAGAAAUGUCGUCUGCGAAUGACCAGAAUGAAAAUGUUACAUGAACUGAACACCCCGGACAAUUACAAUGUCACUUUCGAAUAUCAUGGGCCGACGGGAUUGUUGAAAACCAAGCUGGAUUCAACCGGACGUUCCUAUGUCUAUAACUAUGAUGAAUUUGGUCGCCUGACCUCAGCUGUAACACCCACCGGUAGAGUCAUAGAUUUGGCCUUUGAUUUAAGUGUCAAGGGAGCUCAAGUCAAAGUCUCGGAGAAUGCCCAAAAAGAGAUUUCCAUGUUGAUCCAAGGUUCCUCGGUGGUUGUGCGCAAUGGUGAAGCCGAAUCCAAGACCAUGGUUGAAAUGGAUGGUUCGACAACCAGCCUUACGCCCUGGGGUCAUUUGCUGCAAAUGGAAGUGGUUCCCUAUCCAAUUUUGGCCGAGAUCAGUCCAAUUAUUGGUGAAAGUUAUCCAGUGCCGGCCAAGCAGCGUACCGAAAUCGCCGGAGAUUUGGCAAAUCGUUUUGAAUGGCGUUACUUUGUGCGGCGAUUGCAGCAAGGCAAACAAAACAAGGGUCCCCGGACAGUUACCCAGGUUGGACGCAAGUUACGCGUCAAUGGUGAUAAUGUCUUGACUCUGGAAUACGAUCGUGAUACCCAAUCGAUUUUGGUUUCAGUUGAUGAUAAACACGACCUGUUGAAUGUUACCUAUGAUCGCACCUCCCGGCCCGUUAGCUUCCGUCCCCAGUCAGGAGAUUAUGCUGAUGUCGAUUUGGAAUAUGAUCGUUUUGGCCGUUUGGUCACCUGGAAAUGGGGAAAUCUUCAAGAGGCCUAUACCUUUGAUCGCAAUGGUCGUCUGAAUGAAAUCAAAUAUGGUGAUGGUUCCUCAAUGUUCUAUAACUUCAAGGACAUGUAUGGUUCAUUGCCUUUGAAGGUGACCACACCCAGGAAAUCGGAUUAUCUACUGCAAUACGACGAUGCUGGAGCCCUGCAAAGUUUGACCACUCCCCGAGGUCACAUCCAUUCAUUCUCACUGCAAACAUCAUUGGGUUUCUUCAAAUACCAAUACUUCUCACCCAUCAAUCGUUAUCCCUUCGAGAUCCUGUACAAUGAUGAAGGUCAGAUCUUGGCCAAAAUACAUCCCCAUCAUUCGGGCAAGGUGGCCUUUGUGCAUGACAACUCGGGACGUUUGGAAACCAUUUUGGCUGGCCUCUCCAGCACCCACUACACUUACCAAGAGGCAACAAGUUUGGUCAAAUCUGUAGAGGUCCAGGAGCCGGGCUUUGAACUGAGGCGAGAGUUUAAAUACCAUGCUGGUAUCUUGAAGGAUGAGAAACUACGUUUUGGUUCCAAGAACUCAUUGGCCUCGGCUCAUUACAAAUACGCCUACGAUGGUAAUGCCCGUCUCACCGGCGUGGAGAUAUCCAUUGAUGACAAGGAAUUGCCCACCACACGCUACAAGUACAGUCAAAACUUGGGCCAAUUGGAAGUGGUGCAGGAUCUCAAGAUUACCCGCAAUGCCUUUAAUCGCACCGUCAUCCAGGAUCCAUCCAAGAAAUUCUUCAGCAUCAUCGAUUACGAUCAACAUGGCCGGAUCAAGAGUGUCCUAAUGAAUAUCCGAGAAAUUGAUGUCUUCCGUUUGGAGUUGGACUAUGAUUUGCGUAACCGCAUCAAAUCGCAAAAGACCACCUUUGGCAGAUCGACGGCGUUUGAUAAGAUCAAUUACAAUGCAGAUGGUCAUGUCAUUGAAGUUUUGGGUACCAACAACUGGAAAUAUCUCUACGAUGAGAAUGGCAAUGCUGUGGGUGUUGUCGACCAGGGUGAGAAAAUCAAUUUGGGCUAUGACAUUGGAGAUCGUGUCAUCCAAGUGGGCGAUGUGGAAUUCAACAAUUAUGAUGCUCGCGGUUUUGUGGUCCGCCAUGGAGAGCAAAAGUAUCGUUACAACAAUCGUGGCCAAUUGAUACAUGCCUUCGAGCGGGAACGUUUCCAAACCUGGUAUUACUAUGAUGAUCGCAGCCGUUUGGUGGCCUGGCACGACAGCAAGGGUAAUGUUACCCAAUAUUACUAUGCCAAUCCCAAGAGUCCGAUGUUAUUGACGCACAUGCAUUUCCCCAAGCUGCAAAAGACCACACGAUUCUUCUACGACGAUCGUGAUAUGCUUAUGGCUGUGGAGACGGGAGAUCAACGUUACUAUGUGGCCACCGAUCAAAAUGGUUCACCGCUGGCCUAUUUCGAUAUGAAUGGUUCGAUUGUCAAGGAAAUGAAACGAACACCGUUUGGACGCAUCAUCAAGGAUACAAAUCCGGAAUUCUUUAUACCCAUUGAUUUCCAUGGUGGCCUUUUGGAUCCGCACACCAAACUGGUGUACACCGAAAAUCGCCUGUAUGAUCCUAUUUUGGGUCAAUGGAUGACCCCAUUGUGGGAGACCUUAGCUACGGAAAUGUCUCAUCCAACCGAUGUCUUCAUCUAUCGUUACCACAACAACGAUCCCAUCAAUCCUAGCAAAUCUCAAAAUUACAUGAUCGAUUUGGAAUCAUGGCUGCAGUUGUUCGGCUAUGAUCUGGACAACAUGCAAAGUACUAAAUAUACCAAGGCAGCCCAAUACAAUCCUCAGGCCUCCAUCAAGUCACCAACCUUGGCGCCCGAUUUUGGGGUAAUCAGUGGCUUGGAAUGCAUUGUGGAGAAAACGAAUGAGAAAUUCAGCGAUUUCGAUUUUGUACCCAAGCCAUUAUUGAAAAUGGAACCCAAAAUGCGUAACCUCUUACCCAGGGUUAGCUAUCGACGGGCCGUCUUUGGCGAGGGAGUGCUGCUAUCGCGAAUUGGUGGCCGUGCCCUGGUCAGUGUGGUGGAUGGCUCAAACAGUGUGGUGCAAGAUGUGGUCUCGUCGGUCUUCAACAAUUCCCACUUCCUGGAUUUGCACUUUAGCAUCCAUGACCAGGAUGUGUUCUACUUUGUCAAGGACAAUGUCCUGAAGUUACGUGAUGACAAUGAAGAACUCCGGCGCCUGGGUGGCAUGUUCAACAUUUCCACACACGAGAUUACCGAUCAUGGUGGUUCGGCGGCCAAGGAAUUACGGUUACAUGGUCCCGAUGCUGUGGUCAUUAUUAAAUAUGGUGUUGAUCCCGAACAGGAGCGACACAGAAUUCUGAAGCAUGCCCAUAAGCGUGCUGUCGAACGGGCCUGGGAAUUGGAGAAACAAUUGGUGGCUGCCGGUUUCCAGGGACGUGGCGAUUGGACCGAAGAGGAGAAGGAAGAACUGGUCUCACAUGGCGAUGUGGAUGGUUGGAUUGGUGUCGAUAUCCAUAGCAUUUACAAAUAUCCCCAGUUGGCUGAUGAUCCUGGCAAUGUGGCCUUUCAACGAGAUGCCAAACGCAAGAGGCGGAAGAUUGGCAAUAGUCAUCGAACGGGAAAAAGUCGCCGACAACAACAGAAGUUAAAGGAUAUGUCGGCGUGAAAAACAGCUGGCAUUGAAUUUGACGACAACAACAACGAUUUACUAUUAAAACAAAAACAACAACAACAACAAGCACACCUAUAUUACGAUUUGAAAGAAAACGUGAAUCUAGAUGGCGAACGAGAAGAAGAAGAACAAUACGAAUAUGAGAUGAACGAAGACGAGUAUAUUCACGAUAAAAACGCUAAAAAAGACUUGGUAAGCAACUCAACCGAAGAUGACUUGUAUUAUUAAAUAAAUAAUAAAAAAAAACAAACAAAACAUAUGAAGAAAAAAAUUAAAAAAAAAA